AUGAGACUCUCCGUCGUCUCAGUGCUUGCCUGCUUGGCAGCACGGGCUGCUGGCCUUGCUUUCCCAGGUCACAGUUUCGGCGGGCUCAACAUCAUCGAGCAUCCGGAUCCAGAGAAGCGACAACUUUUGCAAGACAUUGUGACUUGGGAUGAGACAUCGCUGUUUAUCUAUGGACAGAGAAUCAUGAUAUUCAGCGGCGAAUUUCAUCCCUUUCGACUUCCUGUACCGUCUUUGUGGUUGGAUGUCUUCCAGAAAAUCAAGGCACUUGGCUUUAAUUGCGUCUCUUUCUAUCUGGAUUGGGCAAUCUUGGAAGGCAAACCCGGAAACUUCUCGGCGGAAGGAGUCUUUGCUCUCGAGCCAUUCUUUGAAGCUGCCAGCGCUGCAGGUGUCUAUCUUAUAGCUCGACCUGGCCCUUACAUCAACGCGGAAGCAUCUGGCGGGGGAUUCCCUGGCUGGCUUGCGAGGUUGCCAGGGAGGCUUAGGACAACUGAUCCAGGUUACCUCGCAUCAACAGAAAACUAUGUUCGAAACGUUGCGAGCUCAAUUGCUGCUGCUCAGAUAACGAACGGUGGACCGGUCAUCCUCUAUCAGCCCGAGAAUGAAUACAGCCAAGCUUGUUGCGGUGUGGAGUUUCCUGAUGGCCAGUAUAUGCAAGAUGUCAUGGAUCAGGCUCGACAGGCAGGAGUUGUGGUUCCCAUGAUCAGUAACGACGCAAGACCAAGUGGAGACAAUGCUCCUGGCACAGGAAUUGGAGCAGUGGACAUAUAUGGGCAUGAUGGCUACCCGCUUGGAUUCGACUGCUCACAUCCGACGGUGUGGCCUGACGGGGCCUUACCGACGACCUAUUGGCAGACGCAUCUGAACGAGAGCCCUACAACCCCGUACAGCAUUGAUGAGUUCCAGGGAGGCUCCUUCGAUCCUUGGGGAGGGCCGGGCUUUGGCAAAUGUGAGAUUCUCGUGAACUACGAAUUCGUUCGAGUCUUCUACAGAAACAUCAUUGCGUCGGGCGCCAAGAUCUUCAACAUAUAUAUGAUCUUCGGAGGGACGAACUGGGGCAAUCUGGGUCACGACGGGGGCUACACCUCUUAUGACUAUGCUGCCGCAAUAUCAGAAAAUCGCCAGGUCGAUCGACAGAAAUACAGCGAAACUAAACUAAUAUCUAACUUUAUCAAGGCGUCACCAGCAUAUCUCACUGCGGAACCGCGACAACUUAAUACUACUUCUGUCUUCACCAACACGUCUGACCUCACAGUCACAUCAGUAGGUGGAAACGGCAGUGCAACUACCUUCUACAUUGUUAGACACUAUAACUAUUCCGACCUUAGUCCAACAUUCUACAAGUUGUCUUUACCGACAAGCUCAGGCAACUUAACGAUCCCUCAACUUGGCGGUACAUUGACUCUCGGUGGCCGUGAUUCCAAAGUGCAUGUCGCCGACUUUGACCUAGCUGGAGUAAGUCUGGUCUACUGCACAGCGGAAAUAUUCACUUGGAAGAACUUCGGCGACAGGACAGUGCUCAUUCUAUAUGGAGGCGAAGAGGAGCAUCAUGAACUGUGUGUGGCGUCGUCAUCAGCGCCUUCCGUCAUCGAGGGUGACUCUUCGACGGUCACGACCAACCAGACUGGCUCUGGAAUUAUUGUUGCUUGGGAUACUUCUUCGAGCCGUCGCGUGGUGCAAGUUGGACAACUGGAGGUCUUCCUUCUUGAUAAAAACUCGGCCUACGACUACUGGGUCCUUGAUCUUUCUACCAUUGGAUUCGGCAACAGCUUUGCUUCAGCAAACACCACUGCCAGUUCCAUCAUCCUUAAAACAGGAUACCUUGCAAGGGAAGCCCAUAUAAAGGGUGAUGAGCUGCACCUGAGGGCUGACUUCAAUGAUACUACUCCCAUUGAAGUGAUUGGAGUGCCAUCCAUCGCCAACGCACUUUUUGUCAAUGAUCUACCCGUUCAGUACGAUGUCAAUAGCCAAGGCGACUGGUCUGCAAUAUUCAACUACACAGAGCCCAACAUAUCGCUUCCAGAUCUCCAGAGCCUGGAGUGGAAAUAUAUUGACAGUCUCCCAGAAAUCCAGCCAGAUUACGAUGACUCGGGUUGGACAAACGCCGAUCUUCCUACAACCAAUAAUACAGUGCGAAACCUCACCACUCCCACGUCUCUUUAUGCAUCAGACUACGGUUAUCAUGCCGGCUCGCUGACGUAUCGUGGUCAUUUCACUGCACAAGAAUCAAGCACUAACCUCUCCCUCAACACUCAGGGUGGUUGGGCCUUCGGGCACUCAGUGUGGCUCAAUCAGAGCUUCCUCGGUUCGUAUGAUGGUGUAAGUACGGAAAACAACACCAACGCAACUUACGCGCUCUCUGCUCUCCAAACAGGCAGUGGCUAUGUCCUGACUGUCCUGAUUGACCAUAUGGGAUUGGAGGAGAAUGGAUAUGUUGGGUCAGAUCAGAUGAAGACACCGCGCGGGAUCUUGGACUACAAGCUAGCUGGCUAUGAAGAUGAUGCUAUCACCUGGAAGCUGACUGGUAAUCUCGGUGGAGAGGACUACGUGGACCGCAGCCGGGGACCAUUGAACGAGGGAUCGCUGUACGCCGAGCGACAGGGUUGGCAUUUGCCUAAUCCGCCAAGCCAAUCGUGGGAAAGUCGCAGUCCGUUGGAUGGGAUUACAGACCCUGGCGUCGGUUUCUUCAGUACCUCUUUCGACUUGGCUAUCCCUGAAGGCUGGGACCUUCCAGUGUCAUUCACAUUCGGAAAUACCACAUCGCCUCCUGAGCCCUACAGAGCCCAACUCUUCGUCAAUGGCUUUCAGUACGGGAAGUAUGUUAACCAUAUCGGUCCGCAGACUAGUUAUCCAGUGCCACAGGGGAUCUUGAACUUUAAUGGGACAAAUUGGCUGGCACUCACCCUGUGGUCUCAACAACCUGGUGGAGCCAAACUGGACAGUUUCGAGCUUGUAUGCGAUCGCCCUGUUGCGACGGCUUUGACAGGAGUUCAUUUUGUGGAGGGAUCAGUAUAUACGCCACGACAAGGAGCGUACUGA